AUGGAUGGGGGCGGUUCUACGUUCGAUCUCACUGCGCCAGUGUAAAUGAUGCAGCCAAAAAUAAACGUUUAGAAAUAGCAAGAAUAAACAAUCAAUAAGGGAUAGAAAGAUGUAAGAAGCAUUGAAUAAAUCAGUUACAGCCAUAAAAGACUUAAGCUUCAACCUCGAAGCUUCCCUAAUUAAACAAUAAUCAGAAUGCUUCGAAAAGCGUGAAUCAGAAGGCUAUGCAAUCUGGACAUCAACAUUCUCCAAAGUCGCUUUAGAAAGUAAAAAAGAUUGAAUUGUUUCGAGAUGCUUUGUAAUAGGCAACCACGAAAUUAAUACGUAUUGAUGCAUUUCAUCCUUAGCUCCUGGAAAGAAGGACAAGGAAAAAGCACAGAAACCCAAGCCUUUGCAGGAAUCUCAAUAGUAGCAGAUUGAAGAGAUAAAAAAAGAAUACGAGGAUUUGGUGUAAAAUCAUUAUAAAGAUUUAUAUGCUCACAUUGGGAAUGAACAACAAAAAAGUUUGCAUGAUUUAUAUAAUAAAAGAAUCUUCACGGCAUUACAAGAUUUAGAAUCAAGGCCAAAAAUAUAGAGCGCCUUGGAAAGAAAAGAGGAACAAAUGAACAAAUAGCGAUUGUAUAAGGAUAGAUUGUUGUAUGAAAUCAAGCAGAUGAUAAUUAAGAGUCGAAGGAUGGAUGAAUUAUUGAACGAAUUAACAAUUCAAAAUGAUGACACUGAAGUCAAGGAAUCAAUUGAGGAAUUGCUACAGAAGGAACAGAUGCAAGAGGAGAAGAUGGCCAAACAGGCAUACGAAAUAGCUAAACUUAGAGAUAUGUAUGGAAAACGAAGUAAUUAGAAUAAUUAAAUCAAGGAAAAUUACUAUUGGAAGUCCAAAAACAAUGUUAGAUUACCUAUGAUGGAUUGAAAAUCAAAUACCAAUAAUAUGAGGCAUCAUCAUAGAGUAUGAUGAGUCGUAAGAAGCAAUUGGAAUCGUUGUCAAAGAUAGUGGCCAAAUAUAGGAGUGAAUUUCAAAAUUAAUAGAACUUUUUUGGAGCAAGUCUCAAAAGGGGAUUUGAUCCCAUGCUUGAGGAGAUCUUGGAAGAUGAAUUAUCGAAAUGUGGUGAUUUGUAAGCUUUGGAAAUUGUUUAAUAAGGAGAGAAGAAGAUCAUUGCUAUCAAAGAAGAGAACGAAAAGAAGAAGAAGGGAGAAUAAAAGGAUAAAGCUAAAUUGGCAAUUGAGAAUGCCACUCAAAAUAUCAACAAAUAAAAAAAUGAUAUUCAAUAGGAAUUAGAAAAGAAAGUAAGUAUAUGUGUAAUUUAGAAAUAAAUGUUUCAAAAAUUGAGAGUGGUCACCAGCAUUGCGAAUUAAGAAGAUAUGCAGAAGUACAAACUCAAUAUGGAUUUAGAUUAGUAGGAGUUGAAAAACAUUUAAGAAUAUGUAGGCAAGGAAAUUGAAAGGUAUGAAAGACAAAAUGAGGAAUUGAAGGCUGAAAUCAAGAAGUUGAAAUAUGAAUAAGAGAACUCUAUUCUAGAUGCUCAAAUCAAUUUGGAUGAAUAAGAAAGAGAAGUCACCAGACAAUAGGAUUUACUCUAAGAAAAGGAAAAGUAAGUUAAAAAAGUUGAAAAGUCUAUUGAUGAAGUCACGAUGUCAUUGUCCAGAAUCAUGUAUCAAUUAAGUGGGAAAGGAGUCAAACCCAAGAAUAUCGAGAUUAAGAGGCAUGCCUUAGUUGCCACUGCCUCUACUAUACAGUUGAGAUUAGAAAGAAUGCUCACUGUCCUAUCUAAGACUUAGGAAUUUCUCAAUGAAGAAUCCAUCAAUACAAACCCCAGAUACAGUAAAGUUGAAGACUUUAUCUGUCUCAAUCCUAAGGUAAUCUUGGUCUCUAUUUCAGAGUUACAUCUCCCAAGAAAUCAAUGACAAUCUAGAAACUAACAUCAAGUUUGUAUAUAAGGAAGAGGACAGCUCGGAUGAGGAUUGCAAAGACAUGGAUGAAGUCAGACAAUAAGUCAAAUCCAGAGCAUAAGAAGACAAGCCUUCAGUGGUGGUCCCGCCCAAAAAGGAUAAAAAACCUAAGUGAUAUAUAUAUAUUAUAUAAUUUAAUUAUUCUUAUAAAAUAAAUCAUGGAAAUAAAGGAAACAUUUAGNAGCUAAACUUAGAGAUAUGUAUGGAAAACGAAGUAAUUAGAAUAAUUAAAUCAAGGAAAAUUACUAUUGGAAGUCCAAAAACAAUGUUAGAUUACCUAUGAUGGAUUGAAAAUCAAAUACCAAUAAUAUGAGGCAUCAUCAUAGAGUAUGAUGAGUCGUAAGAAGCAAUUGGAAUCGUUGUCAAAGAUAGUGGCCAAAUAUAGGAGUGAAUUUCAAAAUUAAUAGAACUUUUUUGGAGCAAGUCUCAAAAGGGGAUUUGAUCCCAUGCUUGAGGAGAUCUUGGAAGAUGAAUUAUCGAAAUGUGGUGAUUUGUAAGCUUUGGAAAUUGUUUAAUAAGGAGAGAAGAAGAUCAUUGCUAUCAAAGAAGAGAACGAAAAGAAGAAGAAGGGAGAAUAAAAGGAUAAAGCUAAAUUGGCAAUUGAGAAUGCCACUCAAAAUAUCAACAAAUAAAAAAAUGAUAUUCAAUAGGAAUUAGAAAAGAAAGUAAGUAUAUGUGUAAUUUAGAAAUAAAUGUUUCAAAAAUUGAGAGUGGUCACCAGCAUUGCGAAUUAAGAAGAUAUGCAGAAGUACAAACUCAAUAUGGAUUUAGAUUAGUAGGAGUUGAAAAACAUUUAAGAAUAUGUAGGCAAGGAAAUUGAAAGGUAUGAAAGACAAAAUGAGGAAUUGAAGGCUGAAAUCAAGAAGUUGAAAUAUGAAUAAGAGAACUCUAUUCUAGAUGCUCAAAUCAAUUUGGAUGAAUAAGAAAGAGAAGUCACCAGACAAUAGGAUUUACUCUAAGAAAAGGAAAAGUAAGUUAAAAAAGUUGAAAAGUCUAUUGAUGAAGUCACGAUGUCAUUGUCCAGAAUCAUGUAUCAAUUAAGUGGGAAAGGAGUCAAACCCAAGAAUAUCGAGAUUAAGAGGCAUGCCUUAGUUGCCACUGCCUCUACUAUACAGUUGAGAUUAGAAAGAAUGCUCACUGUCCUAUCUAAGACUUAGGAAUUUCUCAAUGAAGAAUCCAUCAAUACAAACCCCAGAUACAGUAAAGUUGAAGACUUUAUCUGUCUCAAUCCUAAGGUAAUCUUGGUCUCUAUUUCAGAGUUACAUCUCCCAAGAAAUCAAUGACAAUCUAGAAACUAACAUCAAGUUUGUAUAUAAGGAAGAGGACAGCUCGGAUGAGGAUUGCAAAGACAUGGAUGAAGUCAGACAAUAAGUCAAAUCCAGAGCAUAAGAAGACAAGCCUUCAGUGGUGGUCCCGCCCAAAAAGGAUAAAAAACCUAAGUGA